AGCCGCCGCCGAGCGACGCGGCGCUGCAGUCGCCCGACGCUGUGGCCGCCCGCGCGCAGCAGCAGUCAGCAGUCGGCGCCGCGUUGUUGGCGCGAGUCUCGUGUUUGUGCGGUGUGGCGGCGACUGCGGUGUCGACGGAACGUGUCUGCAGCCGCUUCCGACCGGGCCUUUCGGCGCAACCGAUGACAAGAGCUGCAGCGCAGAGCCGGCCGCGGCACCGCGCCAGUGAGCCGUCAUGCCCGCCGGACACUCGGAUCGGGGCGGAGCCCGCCUCAACCAGAUGGAGAACCCAUCGUUCGUGCACGACUCGGAGGGCCGCGACGCCAACAGCACGGUGGAGAUGGGCGAGAUAGAGCGGAAGGCGUUCGGCUGCCCUCAGGCGUGCGUGUCGCUGCAGAAGCAGCAGCAGCUGAAGGAGAAGCGUCUCCCCGAGAGCCCCUGGCACCACCUCAAGACCAUCUUCCUGGUGGGAACGCUGGUGCUGCUGGCCGCCUGGAUCGUCGUCUACGUCACGCUCAGCCAGACGGGCGCGCUGUGAGAGCCGGGAGUGCUUCCCGGGCGUUCCAGAACCCACAGCUUCUUUCCCCGUGCCGGGUGGACCAUGAGGCAGUCGACACAACUGUCAGGACUAACGGGCACACACACACUGGAGAACACUUUUAAGUGAUUACUUUUAUACCGAGUUCUCGCUGCCUUCCUCUCCUUUCUACAAAGGGCACCACAGACCAGGGACGUGAACUUUCUCAACGUUCCAAGAUGUGCACGCAGUGUGUGCUCCAUGACCACUCUGGGUCAUGUUGGGAAAAUUAUUGUUACUUGUGUCUGCAGUCAAUUAUAUCUACUCGGAGAUAACAGUGUAGCAAUAAGGCAGAUCAAAAUGAUGUGAGUGUUAAUAGUGAGCAAGGUUAUUUCACAAUAAUGGUAAUAGUUUUAACAUUCCUAUGUCACCAAGACAGAAAACCAAUAUUUUCUGUAAAAAAAAAAUGAAUUGAAAGACAAAAAGACACAUAGUUACUAAUACCACAGUUGUAGAUUAUUUUAAUGUUUUCAAAUCCUACUGAAGGUAGUUCUUAGUACUCUGAAACAUAUUGUACUACAAUAUAAUGCCACUCACAGUUUUCCAAUCAUUUUAUUCUAUGAAUAGUUUAACCUUGACACAUUCACCACAUUUGCAUCUCAUGCACGCCAAAUCUAUAUGGCCAGCAUAGCACCAAUUUGUUUAUUCACAAUAUCCUUUAGUUGCAGUCUAGUAUUCAGUCGUGUGCAGAGAGGAUGUAGUUUUCUGCUCCUCCACACCGAUCAAAUUUAGAUAGAUUUCCGCCCCCAGUUUUGUUCUACCGUGUCGUGAGUCGGAUAGGUUGUAAAUAUAUGAGUGUGUGACACCCAGAGGCACAGCGCCUCGUUGCCUAGCCGCGGGCCUGGCUUACUCAGUCCCAGGGUCGUAGGUCAGUGGGUGCUCCACUCCCUUCCUUUUUUGUUAGGCGAUCGUAAUAAAUCCCUAGUUCAGAAUUUUUUGUAAAAUGGCAACAAGCCAGGACAACCUCAUGGACGUCACUGCUAGUGAUCGCGCCGCGCCGGCGUUAAGAGGACUAGCAAUGAACUUGAUGACCGCGCGGCCAAAUUUCUCAGCGUAGGUCAGCAUGCAGGGUCCUCACAUGCCUCCCAGAUUCCAGAUAAUGACGUAGCAACCGCACCAACUGCUACAGCCAUGCCAGCGCCGGCAGUUGCUAGCUCCGACACCCAACCUCAGGCACAGACGGACCCACCUACAGGUCCGCUCCCAUAACGGUGUGGCAUGAUGGCCAAAGUGCCAUACGAGAGGCUGUAUGACCAACUAAUGCAAAGGAAAGUAGCAUUCAAUGCCAAAAACACACAGAGGGGUACAAUGUACUACUUCUCCUCAGUACCCAUGUACCAAGCAGGCCUUAAAGUAAUCGCAGAUUCUGGGGUCGAAUACUUUGUCACCCGCGCCCCAGAGGACAAGCCCCUAAAAUUCGUCCUCGAAGACAUACCUGCCGGCACCACCGCAUCACCAGUGACCUGCUGGCCCAACAGGUCCCUGUAAUUGUGAUACACCAAAUGUAGGAUUCAGGAAGGCUCGCCCUCAACAUGUUCCUGUUGGACGUGCCACAGGGCAGUGACGAGCAAGUGAACAACAUCAGGAAUGUUUUUGGCCUGAGGGUCCGUGUGGUUGACUACAGGCACCCAAAUGCCCCAAUGCAGUGUGGCAACUGCUGUCAGCUUGGGCAUGUAACAAAGCAAUGCCACUUUAGGGUUGCGUGCCCCCAGUGUGUGGGACCUCACAAACACCAGCAUGACUGUCCAAAUCCGCCAAAGUGUGUCAACUGUCAGCUUGGCCACAAUGCCAAAUACAAAGGCUUCCCUGAAUACCUCAAGGCCAUGGCCCGCCACCGGCCUAGGGACAGUGGUACCUCUAAUUUGAGGCAGACAAACUCAAACCCAUACCAGCAUGCUAGGCAGUCGGGCCACAGGGCCCAACAACCACAAAACUUGCCACAGAGACGACCAACCCACCAGCCUGACAAUGAUGGCUGGCAACAAGUCCGCCAUGGCAGGAGGGCCAGAAGCCUGCCAAGGGAACACCAAUGGCAAGCCCAGACCAAUGAUUCCAGGGCUUUGACGAGGAUUACCCUGAUGCUCUCGCGUGGUCCCCACGUCAGCAAAGGGGACAGAGGCAACUUAACACCAGAGCCACGUUCCACAGACAAGCAAAGCAACCGCAGCAACAGCGCAGGCAGGAACCGCGCAAACAAGGCUGACCAAACUGCAGGCUGCACUCCGGGAAAAUGCCAGGCAAACUGCACCGGUUCAGCAGCUUGCCCCGGUGCAGCAACAACCUGCCGCCAGUCGCUGCCAGCCGACGCAACCAGUCUCUGCCAGCCUUCCACUGCCGCUGCCCCCAAUGGAGGUUACGCAGGCACAGACUGAAUCCAACUUCAAGGCAUGCUCUGUGCUACAGGGCACCCUUACAAAAGUAGCCACCACACAACCUAUCCACAUGGACAUAGCCACCAAACUAGUCAACCUCCUCACAGCCUGGCUUGACACAACUGUCCCCCUAGAACUCAAGAGUCCGCCUUGCAGUUGAACUAAUCACUGCCAUGUCUGAAGUUGCCCAUGCACACACACACACUAAUCCCAUCAUCACCAUCAAGACUGUUGCCACGUGGAACGCCUGCAGUGUCCGCAACAAAACACAGGAGCUUGAGCUAUUUCUUAGAGAACACAACAUACACAUUUUAGCGCUCAUGAAACACACCUGGCAACCACAGACACAUUCAGGCUACAGGGAUACAUCAUACAUAGGAAGGAUCGUACAGCUCAGGGGGAAGGGGUUGCUCUAGCUCAACCUCACCACCAAGGACAACUCCCUCUGGAAACUCACUAAAUCCCUUUCCAAAAAGCCGGUCACUAUCCCUCCUAUCCAACUCCCGACAGGAGGCGUGGCCUACACACCCGCAGAAAAGGUGGCAGCACUGGCGGACAGUCAAGAACUCACCUUCCGACCAAACGGCCAGCCUAAUGACCCAGAGCACGAGCUACUUCUCACUGACCAAGUCAGCCAAAUCAGAAACUCGCCCCUCCUGAAGGAGCCUGUACUCACCUCUCCUGAGGAAGUGAGGCAUAAGGUCGCUCAAAAACAACAAGGCGCCUGGUAUGGACAAGAUACCGACGAUAGUCCUGAAACAACUACAGCUCUGCAGGCAAUCGCCACCUGCAUAAAUGGCAUAUUUCACACCAACACAUGGCCAACUGUGUGGAAAAAUGCCAAAGUCAUCCUACUCCCCAAACCAGGUAAAGAUCCCCGUAUCCCUAAAAGCUAUCGCCCCAUCAGCCUCCUUAACACACUGUCAAAAAUAGCAGAAAAAAUCCUCGCCAGUCGCAUCCAACAACAUCUGGAAACAAAUCAAGCUCUCCCCAACUACCAGUUCGGAUUUAGAGCGGGGGCACUCAACCACCCACCAACUUGUGAGGAUAGUUUAACAAAUAACAUUAUCUUUUGACUGGAGACAGUACACAGCUGCGACAUUUCUCAACAUAGAGAAGGCCUUCGAUCGUGUGUGGCAUGAAGGCCUACUCUAUAAACUUCAUACAGCACACAUCCCUGACACGUCCGCACACUAGACUCGUACCUACACGACCAUCACUUCCAUGCCUGCAUCCCAGUUGCCACCUCCACACGCCAUACCAUUAAGGCUGGUGUGCCACAGGGCAGUGUUUUAGGCCCCCUAUUAUUUAACAUCUAUGUGGCUGACUUCCCUGCCUCUUAUAUCUAAGGAGAGGGGUAAAUAGAUUGUGCAUACUGUGGGUUUGGUGAUGUGCUAAGGGGGUGGUGAAACCAUCUAUUGAAAAAAAAUUGUUUGCUUGGCAAUGAAAAUUCAACAGUUAUACUUAUCACGCAAUUCUGUAUAAAUUAAAUAGCUAUUGCAAAAAAAAAAUGAAACAUAAAUGUAGUGUUUUAUGUAUUAUUAUUAUAGAUUAAAAGCUAAAAAUGACAACCUCAAAGUUUACAAUGUGCUCCAAACCACAUAGUUAUCAAUGCAACUCAAACAAAUUAAUAAAAUUUGCAGCAAGAGUUGGGAUCUAACCAUCACUGGUCGGACUUACAUCAGCAACUCUAUCUUUUUCAAGAUCAAAGCCACUCUUAAUCAAAGGUAAUAAAAAUUUAAGCAACAUCAAGGAUAAAAUUAAAAAUGGAGAAGUAAUAAACUAUAGUAUUCUUAUAUUUUCCCCCUAAAAAAUUAAUUAAAACAAUUUAACUAUGACAGCACACAAUACUGUAGAACCAAAACAAGCACGAAAUCUAUCUGCAUGUUCUUAAAGAGGUUUUGUUGGCAUUUCACUCUAAGAGAAUCCAAAAGUAUUUUUAUUUAGGUAUGGUCCUUAAAAUUGUUAUAAUUUUGAAAAACAGAUUUAUAUAGAUUCAUAUAUAUCUCAAAUUUACAAUUUUAUAAAAAUAAAGAGUGUUAACUGUAACAAUUUGCCUUGCUAAAUUAUAUAUUUUAUGUGACCAGGCUAAAGCUGUUUACUACUAUUUAUAUGUGUGUUACCUUCAACAUCAGAAACAAAUUUUACAAAUACUAUAAAUGUGAAAAAUUGAAUGUUUGUUACUUAAUCAUGUUGUUACUACAGAUAGAUGAAAGUUGGAACACACAAGAGUACUUUUUAUCCCAGAAAAGUGCACAGUUCCUUUGGGAAUAGUCAUUAAAAUCCAUUGACAAAGACAACUAACUCUAAGCAGCAUAUGCUCCAUAGCAGAUUGGCAUGGUUGGUAUCAUGUGAGCAGUGUAAAAUAUUAAUAAAAAAGUAAAAAUGUA